AUGUCAGCGGGGUGUCAAGGUUGGGUUUUUGCUAGGGGUGGCAUUUUAAACCCAAAAACCGCAAAAACCAACCGACAAUUUACCACAAUUAAACCGAACCACAUUUGCAGUAUUAAGAACCGAACCGCAUUUGCGGUAUUUGAUUUUCAAAACUUGCGGUUACCGCAAACCACAAAGUAUAGCCGCACGGAUGAUGAAGUUGAAUUUUACAAGGAAAUGGAACAUAUAACAACUUAUAACAUUGGUUCUCAAACAACACAACGGGGUUCUUCAAAUUCAUUCACCACCAACACUUGA